UACAGAAACGAGAUAGACAUGUGUUUACAACACAAGAGGGCUAAGUUACCCUUUAGACACGGCAGCAGGAGCAGAGAUAUUUCUGUCACCAGUGCCAGCGUGCAGUUUUUAUUAAUGCCUAACUAAGCUCAAUGCCACCGACUCAAAUUAAUUAACGUCAAUUGUAUCGUUCUGUCCAAGCUAAAACUACUGCCUGAGAUAAGGACGUAAUCAACCUCGUGACAGUAGAGACGUUUAUCUUUCAGUUCAUCAUGACAACCGUUCCAGAAUACUGCUCCCUGUUCAACUGCCUUCAAGACCAGUUGCUGCUCGAGGGAAUUCGGGAGAUUCUUGCUGUCCAGGGGCAACCGCUGUCCAACGACAAUGCAUCUAAUGAUGAAGAAGAUCUGGGGCAGUUCCUCCAGGAAAAUAGUAAUUUGGAUGAAAAUAAGGCAGAGGGUAUUCCUGUUGGGGAGAUCUCAGACAGGAUGUUCUGUUCAGCCUGCCAGUGUCCCUUUGAAAGUCGCGAGGAGCAGACAGAGCACUACAAACUGGACUGGCACCGCUUCAACCUGAGACAGAGGCUGGUGGGGCGAAUCCCAGCUACAGCUGAGGAAUUUGAGAGGAAGACAGGAGCAGAUGAUAUGUCCAGUAUCUCUGGCUCAGACUCUGAGGAAACUGAUUCGGACAGCAAUUGGUGUUCCCAUGGUGAUGAGGAACCAGCCUCUGGGGGGAACGAGAGCCCUGUUAAAAUGGAGCAGCCCCUCCACCGCUUGAACCCAAGGGUUAUCUUCCAGAAUGCUCAGGGAAAAUACCUUUCUGUGUAUCGUUGUGUCCUGCACAAUAAGAAGAUGGACCCGGUGGAAGACCUGGCUUCUACCCUGCUGAAUAUCAGUUGUAAGUCAGUAUGGGUCAUUUUGAUGACUGGAGGGGGGCACUUUGCAGGAGCAGUUUUUCAAGGGAAAGAGGUUCUACAGCACAAGACGUUUCACCGGUACACGGUGCGGGCCAAAAGGGGCACAGCUCAGGGGCUGCGGGACUCCAAGAGCCAAAGCAUCGCUCCCAAAUCUGCUGGUGCAACCUUGCGGCGCUACAAUGAAGCUAUGCUCAUUAAGGAUGUACAGGAUCUGCUGGAGAGUUGGUCCGACUCCCUGAGGGAGGCAAACGCAAUUUUCCUCCGUGCCCCGAGCUACAACCGCACCAUCUUCUUCGGGGGACGGACACCACCCCUCGACAAGACUGACCCCCGUGUUCGCACCUUGCCUUUCGCCACUCGCCGGGCCACUUUUCGGGAAGUCGUAAGGGUGCACGAGACACUCUCCACCUUACAUGUCUACGGGAAGGACACUGAUGUCUCCAGCAUCUUAAGCCCUUCAAAGAAAGCUUGGAGAAAGAAGCCUAGUAGACCAGAAAGAGCAGCACAGACCAGCCCUGCUCGUGUUACUGCGCCCCCUGUGGCAGCAGAGGAGGUGCAGCAGGAGGAUGGGAGCACAGACGAGGGGGACGUGGAGCAGCUGGAGGUGGUGGAGGUGACUCUGGGGACUCUGGAGCUCCGGGAGUUUGAGGUUCACCCCAGCAGGAGGCGCCGGAGGAGGAGAAAGGAGGGACACAGAGGGGCGGAAGCCCCCAGAGAGCCAGAGGAGCCCAGGGAGGGUGGGGACCCUGUGGAGGGGGAGGAGAGGCGUGCGAAGAGGAGGCCCAGGAGGGCUAAAAAGACGCAGCCCGCAGAGGAAGGUGGGGGUGCAGACGGUGGGGAGUAUGGCGUGCUGGACGCCGUCUUCACCGCCUGUAAGACAGGACAGCUGGAUGCCCUGCGCAGCCUCCUGCAGCUCCAGGACCAGGGGAACGAGGAGGAGGGGGGCGAGGAGGAGGGCCGGGGGUGUCAGUCCCCAGAGGACGCCCGGGCGCGACCUUCCUCCGCCUUCCUCAACCGAGAGGUGGACUCUUCUGGGUUCACCUUCCUGCAUGUGGCUUCAGCAGCGGCGCAGCGCGAUGUGGUCAGGCUGCUGCUGGAUGCUGGCGCUGACCCAGCAUGCAGAGAUCUUAAGGGACAGACUCCCUAUGCUGUGGCACCUGACAAGGACACCAGGAACGUCUUCCGCAAAUACAUGGCUGAACACCCUGACAAGUACGACUACAUCAAAGCACAGAUCCCAGGGCCGCUGACGGAAGAGAUUGAGCUGAAGAAGGCGGAGAAGAGACGUGUGCAGAAGGCUGCCAGGAAGCAGCGAGAGAAGGAGCAGAAAGAGGGGAGGCAGAAAGAGCAGGCUGAGCUGGAAGAGAAGAGGAAGUUUGCGUCUCUCAGCGACCGGGAAAAGAGGGCCCUGGCUGCAGAGAAGAGACUGGCUCAGCAGAUGGCCUCCACAGGGACAGAGUUCGCCAACACCAGGCGAUGCUGGCAAUGUGGAGAGUCUCUGCUGGGAAAGAUCCCCUUUGAAUACCUGCACUUCUGUUUCUGUACAACUCAAUGUGUCCAGCAGCACCGCAAAGCCAAGGCCUCUGACACCAAACCAUGACCUUUGACCUCUGUGCCCUGCCAUUACAUCUGAACCUUACCAGAAGUAAAGUAGUCUGAUUAUGAGAGAGGCCUGUUGCUACUGCCAGCACCUCACCUCCUGUCUAUGGCCCCCUAUGGACAGAAGAUCUGGAUUUCAGCCGAUAAUACUCAGGGAAAUGUAGUUUCCUGACUUAGAAAUGUUUUGUUUAAUGGUUCAAAAUGAUUUUGCAUAUGCAGGGUCUCAUAAUCUCAUGCAUGUUGCAUCUCACAUGACCAGCUGUGUCAUAAUGGUUUACAAAAAUAUAAUUACAGGUAUUAAUGCAAUUAUAAUGCAAUACACAAUUAUUAUUAAAUAAUUGUAAUAUUUAAUCAUAUAAUAAUUAGUAUUUACUUCAAUGUCCACUUCCGUGAUGGUCUGGCAGUCUGGGUGCAUUUAGAUUACAGCACUUGGAAAUGAAUGAAAAGCAUUUAAACUGCAAUAAAACGCACAUGAUGAGGUUUUACAGGUGUAAUUAUGGAAUGUAAUUAUGUCUGUAAUUACCACUUGAUUUGAUAAAAAAAAAACAUAUGAAUAUUUGUACAACCAGGAUUUGUAUGAAUUAUGAAUUAAAUGUUUUCCAAAUGCCAAAUAAAGAUUGAAUCUGG